UGUAGGUGAGAGAGGGGGGUUAUGUUUACGUUCUUGUUUUUUGGAGUUUGGAGUAUGAAGUAUAGUCAUCAAACAGUAUUAAACAUAUAAUGUGGUUGCAUUUGUUCCUUUUCAAUUUUCUUUUGCAAAAGAAUUUACCAUGGCUGGAUUGAAUUUAAUACAAGAGUAUUCGUCAGAUACCGACGAUGAGGCUAAAAAUUCCAAUGAAGAAAACCAAACGGGUUUUAAUGUGGCAAAACCCUCGAGAUUACCCUUGCCGGAAUCUAUUUUGUCUCUAAAAGGAGUUGAACAUCAUACAGAUGUUGUAGAUGAUCCUUUGAAACAUCAAGGAAGAAUCAGGUCUUUCAAACAUGAAAGAGGAAAUUGGGCAAGCCUUGUGUACCUCGAUUAUGAUCCAAGCGAAGAAAUUUUACAGUGGAUGAAAAAUACUGUUGGCGAAAUUCUCAAAACAGGCUGUGAAAAACAUUGCCAGAAACUACCCUGGCUUUGUUAUGGAACUAAACGGUAUCAAGGUGUAUUGUAAUGAUGACAAAACUCGGACUUUUCUGGGCAUUACUGUUCAAAGUACAAAUAAUUCCUUGGGAAGUUUGACUGGUACUCUA